CCGAGCCCACCUACAGCGACGCCACCUAGAAACGCGGCGAGCUCUCCCGAUCCACGAAAAUAUGUAGUUGGCAAAUACCGAGCGUAUCUUUAUAUACAGGAGGUUCGACGGAGCCGAGCUGUUGAAUGGUAUCGUUACCAUGGGUGGUCAUGAUGAUGAUAUGACAUAUUUAGUCAACAAACAGAAGCAAGAUGAAGAUAUUAAGAACAAGCUGAAUGACAGCAGUCAUUGGGGUGACCAGGAGUCAACUGGCAACAAUGCUAAAUGGGUCAAGGAGGGCCAGAACCAGCUGCGCAAGGUAGCGGAGAACCAAAAGGACCAGGACCACAACUGCAAUAUCAGCCAGAAUGGGAACAGGGAGGAUUUCACUCCACACAACACUACUCAGGAAGCGCGACAGGGAAACGAGGAGCAGACCAAGUCCCCCAAAUCAGUGAUGACCCCCGACAUUAACGAUGAGACCAAGAACAUCCUUAAUGAGCAACUAAUUAUCAAUUCUCUGGAGUCUACAGAAGAGAAAGAGCGAGGGGAAGAUGACAGAGAGAAGGAAGAAAAAUCAGAGGAAGAAGAGGAUCUGUCAGAUGAUGCCAGAGGAGAGAAAGAGACAGUAGAACCGAGUAGCAUGGAGGCACAGAGAGAUGGUGGUGUGGCAAGAAAUGCCUGUCUCCUGUUCUCCAGUGUCAAUGGAACACCAAGUGACGAAGAGUCCAGUUGGCCGGCACUGUCUCAGGAUGGCACAACUGACAGCUCUCCAAAUGGAAAUAGAGAAUCCUUCUGGGAUUCAAAUGCCUUUGAAACAGACACAGACUUGCCCUCAGGCUGGAUGCGAGUGCGAGAUACAUCGGGCACAUACUACUGGCACAUCCCUACAGGCACUACCCAAUGGGAGCCUCCUUCACCUCUGGAUAAAGUUGGGGACUCCAUUAUGUCCUCGAGUAUGUCCUUGGAGACCACACCCUGUGAGGAGCCUGAGGAAUCUUGGGCUCAAAUUUCCAACCCAGAUGAAGGAGCUGGUGAUGGGGAACUGUGGAAGGAGGGGGAAGUUGCCUCUGACCAGUGCUUGAAAGAGUUUGAAGGGGCAACUCUGCGUUAUGCAUCCAUCAACCUGAACUACAAUUGUUCUCAGUCUGAGGAGGUGGAAAAGCUUACCCCACUCUGCACAGAUCUUGAGUCUAAGUGUUUUGCUGUUCGCUCCCUGGGCUGGGUUGAAAUGUCUGAAGAGGAUAUGGCACCGGGCAAGAGCAGUGUGGCUGUCAACAACUGCAUCAGGCAGCUCUCUUACCACAAACAUAACCUUCAUGACACUGCCGGUAUCUGGGGAGAGGGUAAGGAUAUGGUGAUGGUCCUGGAGAAUGACACCAUGAACCUAAUUGACCCAUUGGGCCAGACUCUGCUACACACUCAGCCCAUUGCCAGCAUCCGUGUGUGGGGUGUAGGCAGAGACAAUGGCAGAGAUUUUGCGUACGUGGCUCGAGACAACCUGACCCAAGUCCUGAAGUGUCACGUUUUCCGUUGUGACUCGCCUGCCAAGAACAUUGCCACCACCCUGCAUGAGAUGUGCUCCAAGAUAAUGAUUGAGAGGAAGGCAGCCAAGCCAGGUGUGAGCAGGCUCAACUCUGACCCCUGUAAACCAAUCCCUGUUGAAGAGUUCCCAGCUCCAAAAAAUGAGCUCUUCCAGCGCUUUCAUGUGUACUACCUUGGAAAUGUGUCUGUCUCCAAGCCAGUGGGUAUGGAUAUGGUUAAUGAAGCUGUGGAAAAGGCAAUGAAUGGCAAAGACAAACAGGACUGGACUCCUGUCUCUGUUAAUGUUGCCCCUGCCACUCUAACAAUACUUUCAAGACAGACCGAGGAGGUUCUUUCUGAGUGUAGGGUACGUUUCCUGUCGUUCAUGGGUGUGGGCAAGGAUGUCCACACUUUCGCCUUCGUCAUGGCUGAAGGCCCCAGGGAUUUCAUCUGUCAUAUGUUCUGGUGUGAACCUAACGCUGCCAGUCUGAGCGAAGCAGUACAGGCUGCCUGCAUGCUUCGCUACCAGAAGUGCUUGGAUGCACGUCCCCCAAGCCUGGGCUCCUGCCUGCCCACUCCCCCUGCUGAUUCUGUUGCUCGCCGUGUCAAGAAGGGGGUCCAGAGUCUGCUUGGCAGCUUCAAGAGCUACAGGUCAGGCUCCCAGUCCCCUUGAGAAGAAGAGGAGAGGAUCCACGCCCUAAUAAGCUUCAGCUUCGAUCACAAGAGCCCCUCUAUGAAGUCUCUCCAUCUCACUCCUCACUCACUGUAUUCGCCUUACAGUCCUCUUUACUUGUAGAAUCGUUAGUCAUGUGUGUCAUGUUAUUGCUCCAGGGAAAAGGUAUGACUGCUAAGACCUUUUUUAAAAUUUCUUUCACCUAUUUGCUUUUUUAAUCCCUGUAAUUUUCUUCAACUCCUCAUCCCAUAUGAGCAAACCCUAGCACUUGUCCUUUUGCUUCGCUGGGGUUCUUUCUGUGAUUCUAAAUUGUUUUUGUGUUUUAACAGAAACCAUGCAAGGAAUGUUGGGUAUAGAUGUAACACACCCUGUCACAAGAAAGAACAAUUGCUCAAACAUGGAGCUGCUUGAUUCCCCUCACAGAAAUAGGCCCAAUCCCUUUCUUCCUCAGUGCAAUCAAAGUAAACACAUUUUCUCUUUUUGUACUGUCUAAGCAAAGUAAUGCGGAGGUCAUCAAACCUACUGUUAUGUAUCCUGAUGCGGAUUUUUAUAUCAAGACUCAUCAUUACCAUACACUCAGUCUCAAUUCCUGCCCAACAUGGGCUGAAAUACUAGCCAUGUGAGAGCCUAAGUAGUGUUUCACAUUGUUGUUUGCCCCAAAAUCCCUAAGCAAUGUAUUUUAGUCUUCCAAAGAAUUGUACGAUCAUCUGUUGGCAUUAUGAGCAGCCACUAGUCUGAGUGUAGUGGUGUUUCUCAUACAUUCUGCAUGAACAUUUGCAAGUUCAGUGCUUGUGUGCAAUAAUCAGAUUUUCAUGGUGAUAAGAUGGCUGUUGGGCUGCCAUGCCAUUACAUUUCUUCACUUUAACCAGGUUGUCUGGCUAUACUUGGUGCCAGACUACCUGAAGAACAGAGCCAUUGUGAAAAGAGACAUCUAGUCAUUGAAUUAAUAGUAAUAAUGAAUAGAAACUCUGGAUUUUCUCAUCAGAGUGAAUUAAACACAGCCAUUUACGACCACUGACACCACUAAAUAGUACUGUAGAGCCUCACCACAAGCUGCAUGAUUGAAUAGCUUAGAGUUAUAACAAGGGAUAAUUGCUGCUUGCAGCAGUCUAGCGCUAAGACCCAUUAAUGUAUCAUAGUAGAUUCUGUAUGUGCUUCUGUGUGGUAAGGGGAGGCUGGAAUUGAUGUGCUGUUUCGUGUUUCUUAGGCAUGUCACUCUAGUUAGUGUCAGUGUUUAUCUAUUAUAGGCUAUUAGUAGUAGAGUAGACUUCCCUGUCAGUCCCUUUAGACUGAGAAGAUGAGCGCAGGUCAGUGUCUCCCUUCGAAGUUUUUUUUUUUGGGUGGGGGGUAAAGGGUUAAUGAUUUCUCCAAUGGUUAACAUUGUUUUCUCUUUUUCCUUGUCACAUUUUGAUCUUUUUGGCCGUGGCCACUUCAAGUAAUGUAUUUUGUAUUGUUUGCUUUUACUAAAAUGUACACAAUAGAGGCAAGCUGCACAUUUGCGUAUUGGAUUUACUUUUUAUAUAAAAACACAUGACUUUGUGAGAAAUUGUAUGUCAUGUUUGCCAUGUGUGUACUUGUAAUGAAUAUUUAACACAGUAAUAGCCAACUCUAACAUAUUAAAGAAUUGUGCAGUUUGUAAGACUUUAGGAUUCCUUCACCACAAGAGGGUAUGUUUUCGGCCUUGUUGUCUCAGGCAUUGCUGUCAGCUACCCACCUAGUAUCGCCCAGGAUUAUGUAAUGCCACAAUGCAUACAAAUAAGGCAAAUUUACUUUAAAAUGCAUCCUGUUGCCAGUUCCUAUUCUCACCAUAUAAAUAAACUGCACAUUUAGAAGAUAAGAAUGUAUUUACGUUAACCAUAUUGCAUACAUAGAAUGAGCCUUUGUGAACAGUAAUUUCUGAUCAUUGAACAGAAAACUUUUCCUCAUCACGUUAAGGUAAAAGAGAAAUAGAACUAAAAACAGUAUGCAAUAGGAAAUGUGCUAAACCGUCUUAUUGACACUGUCAGAUUCGAAGCCAUUUUCUUUUUAAGCCUUUGAACAAUUGUGGACCUGAGGUUUGUUUUUUUAAUCAAAUGUCUUUUGCUAUUGGCUAUGGGGGGAUGUCUGCACUGAAUUGCGUGGCUGUUUUUGGUACCUGCAGAAUUCAAUUUGUGGGUUAUUAAAUGCACUUUUCAAAUGCAAAUAUUUGAAAUGUCACCAAUUUAUGACCGUGAAUAGUAUUGCCCCCGCUGAGUUUUCAGUGUCGAAUUGCAUGGCACUGUUUUCAGUUUGUGCAGACAUCCGACUUUAAUAAGUGAACUUUGUAGUGAAGCAAAGCGGUGCUCUGUGAUACCUGGCUUUUAACAGAGGAAUUUCAUUCAUUCAUCCCUCUUGAUUUGGUUUGACAUGGUGGAGAUGUUUCAGUGCCUGAAAUCUUACACACAUUGCGUCUUUAAAAUGUAGAAUAUAAACACUAACUGAAAGUAGACUAAACUGAAAUGUCACAUGUAUUUCUGCCUUGUCACUUAUGUCAAAUGGAAUUGUGCUCCUUUUUUCACCCAUUUUAUUUUACCUUAUGUUGA